AUGGGAAUCUUCAUUUCGCUCGUCGAAGAUCUUCCCGGUGGUUUGCACUACAUCGGCCUUGACUGGGUAGCAACCCCGGUUCGACUGGAUAGAACCGUGAUAGACGAAUUUCAGAGAGCAAGGUCAGGUUACGAAUUGGAAAAAGGUCUCUGGACGGCGUGCUGGGACUCCCAUGCAGCUGCCAUCAAACAUGAGCAGCAGCGAAAGGCCAAGUUUAAGUACUGUUGUCCACCAAGCACAACCCCGUUGGACUCGGCCUUGUGGCGCUUCGGAUCGUCCGCGAUGUACGAGCCCGUAUUAAUAGAACCUUCUCCUCGUGAAGGGCGACAGAUUGUCGAAUCACAGAAACAGAAAAUUAUGGUCUAUCCCUCGCCAGAUAUCUUUUGUGUUGCAUUAAACAGAGGAGUGCGAGCUGCGUGCAGUGGGCAUUCUUACCCACUUCGAGAAUUCAGAAGACUCACCUUCGAAUUCAAGCCUUCUUGGAACGCCCAACUAUCACAGCAUGACAACUACUACCCCAUCAAAAAGUUCAAGCCUUCGCUGGCCUUUAUUCUCCAGCUGGUAUUCGACGCAGCACAUAUAAGGCGUUCCACGACGCCAACAAUCAGGCUUAUCGACAGGAAUGCUCGAUGGAUAAACGACGAUACUACACAACUUGGUCUUGACACAUUUUACGACUGUGACUACGAAUAUGUUGAGAUUAGCAUGAAACCUGGCUCGUCUUCUGCACGGAUCGUUUGUCAUAGCCCUAUUCUCGAGUUCUUCGAUCAUCUGGACAGGCUGCUGGAGGACAAGCUCCAGAAUGUAGGCCCUUUUAGUCGUUGGAAUUGGCAUUGGCAGAAAUUCGUGAUAAGGGACUCCUUUUCUAUCAUUGCUUUACGGAAAAAUCAAGUGGGAGCUGCAAAGGAGUGA